CGCGGCCGGGUGCAGGCUCGGGUGGCCCCGGGACCCGCAGGUAUGAGGGCACAGCGACGCCCCCGCCUAUCCGGACCCGCUAUUGGUGGAUCUCUCCGCACUCCGCGGCUACCGGACAGAGCACUUCUUUGUGGUCCCUGAAAUUCCUGUCCAGGGAUGUAAACUAAAAUACCAUCUGGGCCAGGCGACAUCAUUGUCCACAUGGAACCACAAGGAUUUAUGAAAGUUCUGGCGUGUUUUGGCCCACAACUGAAUAUUCGGAAAAAUAUCCCACAUAUGGCAACGUUCCUCCACCACAGAGCCUUAAACCCAAGCAAGAAAUUCGAGCAUGUUGUGGUAAAAUGGAAGGAAUAACUACAUUUAAGUCAGAUUAUCGUCCUUAUGAAAUAGUGAGACAAUCUCGCCACAUACCAGAAGAAUAUAAACCAAAACAGGGGAAGAUUGAUCUUGGCACUACCUACAAACAAGAUUUUAAAUCUUAUAAAGUGCAGCCUGUGGCAAUACUUCGAUCUUUGGAAAGACAACAAGUUAAAAAGGGAAAGUUGGACACUGUCCCAACCUAUAAAGAUGAUUAUAGAUCUUGGGACGUUCAAAAAAGUGAACCUUGUAAACCAGAGCAAACUUACCAUCCCCCAACUGUGAAAUUUGGAAACACAACUACAUUUCAGGAUGAUUAUGUUCCUCAGAAGACAAAGCCCAGGGAAAGCUUUAAACCUUCUUCUGUGCCCAUACAUUCCACAGCCCCUUUCAAUGGUGAUACAAGUCAUCGCCUUGACUAUAUACCUCAUCAGCUAGAAGUCAAGUUUGCAAGGCCAAAAGAAGUUUACAAGCCAACUGACCUGCCUUUUGAGACUCUCACCACACAGCGGAAUGACUUUCAGGGUCUUGCUGGUGAAACUGCAAAAAUCUGCAGACCAGCCUACACCAGAGUGACCCACAAUGCUCACUUCGAAGGAAGCACUGAAUUCCGUGAAAGUUUCCAACCAUGGGAAAUCCCACCACCUGAAGUCAAGAAAGUACCAGAGUAUGUGCCCCCUACAGGGAGCAUGCAGUUAUACAGCACAAGCCAUCUUGACUACCCUCCUUAUCAGGCAAGCCGUGUUGUUCCCAUCAGACCAGUUUCUCAAAGAAGAAAAAAUAAUUUUCCUUUCCAAGGAAAAAGCACCAUGAAGGAAGAUUUUCCUGCAUGGGAAAGUUGUCGUCCAGGACUUAUUAAGCAAGAGCAGCAGAUUCCCAACCCAUCUGGAAUAUUUGAUGGUUUGAGCACUUCCAGAUCUCACUAUGUGCCACAUGAAUUGAUUCCAACCGAGAGCUGCAAACCUUUAAAUGCUGCAGUGAAGAGUUCUGUUCCAUUUGAUGAUGUCACCAUGUACUCCAUAGAGUAUGCCCCGAAGAAACAGGAAAUCUGCCCAGCUAGCUAUCCCACUCCUCCAGGUUAUAUAUUUGAAAAUACAAACUUCCAAGGUCAUAAAUUCUUCCGCAAGAUCACUCCUGCAGUGAAGGCUUUCUGAUCAUCAAAUCAUGUUUGAAAGGCAGCUAACAAAGCAUUGGUUUUCCAAAGGAAACCUCAAAAUUUAAGUGAAAAAAUUAUGAGAGAUAUGUGUAGCUUUUAAAAGUAAAUGGUAAAAUGUAUUAGAGGAGAUCAGAACUUAAAAUUUUUACUCAUUUUAAUCAAGAUUGUUUUUAACAUGUAUUUCUGAAAGUUGUAUAUUUCUACCUGAACUAUUUUAAUUCUUAACAUACUGUUUGACAUGUUUGAUAAUGUAUUAUCAAUCUAUUGCCAUUUAUGCUUUUGUUUAUAAUUAUGGUAAUUGUAUGGUUAUUCACAUACCAGUUGUCAUUUAUCAGGCACACUGGGACUAUCUGGAGUAACACUGAGAACGAGUUCCUCUUCCAUGGCAAUAGGGAUUUGUUUUCCCCGGGCUGCAGGUCACCUGUAGUGCUGUGUUCGAGGCUGUUGCUCCUCCCCGUGCUCAGGUUAGUGAGAGGUACUGCGUUGUGCCAAGGAGAAGCUCUGGGCUGAGAACCAGAGGACGGAGUUCUGGUUCUAGAACCAUGGCUUUCUGUUUGUGCCGUCUUCUGCAAAGGACUCCCAUCUCUGAGCCUCUGUCUCUUCAUGUGUAACAGGAUUCUUUUCCACAUACCUCACACAAAGUUUGUUUUGAGUAUCAAAUCCUAUAACACACUUUAAUCCAUAAAAGCACAACUAUAAGAGAUUAUUAAUAAUAAACCAUUCAGUUACUUUCUAUAUCUUAUUCAUCCUUUUGAUUUAGGGUAAUUAUCUAGGAAGUGUGACCGCUCUGAAGAAGUCUUCAGGAUAAAUUGGGUGAUUAUGCCCCUAAUUGCCACACCUAGAUUCACUGUUUAAAGGUAGGCCCAGGCCCAGCAUGGGGCAUAAUCAACGAAUUCACCACUUGCAGCAAGAAGAUAAAUGCUAAGAAACGAGGCAAAGAGAGAAGUUAGUGAUAACAGAUUACACUUUCAAAGGCUGGAAAUUUCCUAAUGAAUUAGACUCCUAUUGGGUGUUGUUAUAAAUGGUUGCAUUAUGGAAGAAUACAGUUUAUUUUAGCAUAAAGUGAAGUUUGGUCUUACGGCUUCACAAUUAUUUCAAAAUAUAUACUUUAUUGAGAUUAAAUUAAUAAAUAUUUAGU